UAGGCUAGGGAGGGUGCCCCUGCGACGUCGUGACUGCCCCGCGGAGUAACUGAGCUUUACCAUGGCGCUGCUACGAGGUGUGUUUAUUGUGGCUGCUAAGCGAACACCCUUUGGAGCUUAUGGAGGUCUUCUCAAGGACUUCUCUGCUACUGACUUGACUGAAUUUGCUGCCAAGGCUGCCCUGGCUGCUGGCAAAGUCCCACCAGAAACCAUUGACAGUGUCAUCGUGGGCAAUGUCAUGCAGAGUUCUUCAGAUGCGGCGUACCUGGCAAGGCAUGUGGGCUUGCGAGUGGGAGUCCCAAAAGAGAUUGGAGCCCUCACCCUCAAUAGGCUCUGUGGCUCUGGUUUCCAAUCCAUCCUGAGUGGAUGUCAGGAAAUCUGUGUCAAAGAUGCCGAAGUUGUCCUGUGUGGAGGAACAGAGAGCAUGAGCCAGGCCCCCUACUGUGUCAGAAAUGUGCGAUUUGGAACCAAAUUUGGAUUAGAUCUCAAGCUGGAAGAUACUUUGUGGGCAGGAUUAACGGAUCAGCAUGUUAAGCUCGCCAUGGGAAUGACUGCAGAGAACCUUGCUGCAAAACACAACAUAAGCAGAGAAGACUGUGACAGAUAUGCACUGCAGUCCCAGCAGAGGUGGAAAGCCGCUAACGAUGCUGGCUACUUUAAUGAGGAAAUGGUACCCAUUGAGGUGAAGACAAGGAAAGGAAAGCAGAUGAUGCAAGUGGAUGAGCAUGCUCGGCCACAAACAACCCUGGAACAAUUGCAAAAGCUCCCUCCAGUGUUCAAGAAAGAAGGCACUGUCACUGCAGGGAAUGCCUCGGGGGUCUCUGAUGGUGCUGGAGCUGUAAUCAUAGCUAGUGAAGAUGCUGUCAAAAAACAUAAUUUCACACCACUGGCCAGAGUUGUGAGCUACUUUGUGUCUGGAUGCGAUCCCAGUAUCAUGGGUAUUGGCCCAGUCCCUGCUAUCAAUGGAGCUUUGAAGAAAGCUGGACUGAGUCUUAAGGACAUGGAUUUGAUAGAUGUGAAUGAAGCUUUCGCUUCCCAGUACUUGGCUGUUCAGAAGAGCUUGGAUCUUGACCCCAGUAAAAGCAAUGUGAAUGGAGGUGCCAUUGCCCUGGGUCACCCACUGGGAGGCUCUGGAUCGAGAAUCACUGCACACUUGGUUCACGAAUUAAGGCGCCGAGGUGGAAAGUACGCAGUAGGGUCGGCUUGCAUCGGAGGUGGUCAAGGCAUUGCCCUGAUCAUUCAGAACACAGCCUGAAGAGAUCACAAGCACAGUGACCACCUUUACUUGGCCAGGCCACAGAACAGGUGACCUGGUGACCUUCAGGGCAGUACUACUGUGACAGUGAUUGCAUUUGACCAAAUGCAAAUACAAAGGCAAAAUACAUUAGGUUCUGUCCACUUCAUAUCUGCCUAACAUGA